GUACAUAUGUACUUAAAUUGUAGUGUCUAUACAAUACUAGAUUUCCACAACAUAUCGGUUUAGCGUAGAGGCAUCCAAGCGAUAAACAAAAGAGGAACCGAACGAUCACGGAGUUAGGGUCUGUACUAAUAAUAAUAAUAGUCAAACCCUUUUUCAAUAUCGUUCAUGUGCGUGCCCAAGUGAUGAUGAAUCGUCUUUUUAACGCUAAAGAAUCCCAGCACUCCCUAGACUUGUUCACGGAGUGGAAAAAUGAGCAGGACGCCGAGAUCGCAAACCGCGGCGCCGAUCCCGAUCCCGCUGUUGAGGAGAAAUUUAAUCAAUUUAUGCUUCGGCAGAAUCUUAACAGUUAUGUUUGCUAUAAAGAACUCGAUCUUUAUACGGCCUGCUUGCAGGAUAAAAAUCUAAUCCGACGUGAAGGGGAUACCGGGAGUGUGGAAGUAAACACCAAUAACAAAGUUAAUGAAAGACUUUGUCGAAAGACGCAUAACGCGUACGUCUCCUGCAUGCGUUCGCGUCCCAAUCAGGAAAUGAUUCUACAAAAUGCGCUUCUCGAGCCUCAUUGCAUUUCUCAACGAAAUGAAAUGCUUAAAUGUAUGGAAAAACAUCGUGAAAAGGAAACCAAAACGCAGGAACCACAAUGUAUGGAGUGGUAUCUCCGUUGUUUGCGAUGUGGGUUAAAUCAUAUGUGGAAUACAUAUUGGCGGGCCAUCACAAAGUUCGGCGAUGCCGAGGAAUAUCAGAUUUAUCAGCUAUCAAAAGACGAUCGGAAACGACAAGAGUAUUUGAGGAUGUUAACAACCACGCUAAGCGAGCAAAAGGAAAUGCAAAAGGAGAAGGAAAAGGUCUUUUCAGGGUAUUACAUCAGCCCAGAAGACGCCAUGCUCAAGGAGAAAUAGAAAUAAAGAGAGGAAGCGACUUUUCCUGAAAAAGAUACAGAUUUUGAUAAAGUUUCAGGAAGGAACAAUCUCUUCUUUAUUGAUUUAUUAUUACUCUUCUUUCUUGUGACGUUCCAUUAUGAAGAGGAUAAUAAUAAUAAUCGUAACGAUGAAACAGGGAGUGGAGUUUCCUAUUGAGUUCCUCUUAUCCAUUUAUUUUUUAUCAUUAUUAUUAUUAUUAUUUACCCAAGAGCUCAACCUUAUUAUCCGGAACACGGUUUCA